AGCUUAGUCUUCAGUACGCAAAGCUACGUAGCAGACGUGAUCCUUUGGAGUGGUAGAAUAGAGCAAAAUCAUUCAAUAUGAACCAAAUUUUCAAUAUUCUUUUGUUGAUCGGCGUGAUAACCAUUGCGCGUGCGGAAGUAAUUUCGUUUGAGAAGUGUAGUGAAAGCGUGAAAUGCACGGUUCACGAAGUUCGUGUGCACCCGUGCCCGGAAGCUGCCCAAAAUAAACCCUGUGUCAUGCUGAAGGGUACCAAUGCGACGAUCGCGUUCGAUUAUACGCCAGAAUUCGACGCCCAGGUUGCCACGGCAAAGGCCUUCUGGGCUUCGGCAGUUGACCUUCCGUUCGCCGGAUUGGACCAGGAGGCAUGCAAGUACACCAGCUGUCCGGUCGCAGCCGGCCAAAGGCAAUCCUAUUCGUACGAUCUGCCCAUUAUGAAGUCCUACCCGACGCGGCAAUACAAAGUCAAGUGGCAACUGCUCAAUGAGGCUAACGAGAUGUGCUGUUUCCUGAUUGAAAUGGCGAUCAAGGCCAAGAAGGGUCGCAAGAACUAGUUUUAUAAAGUUUUAUUUUUGUUUCAUCAAAAGUUUCAUAAACGAAAAGUACUGUGUUUUGUAAA